AUGGCAACCUCGACGCCCCGCGUGGAAGGAUUCAGUACACAGACGGUGGAAGCAGCUGUGGGAAUAAGCCUGUCUUUUCCCGCCGGGGCUGGCAACUCGCCUGGAAGCAAAAACAGCCUAGACGGCCUGCGGGGCGAAUUUGCGGCAGCGCCUCCCCCGGCCAAGACGCCCAGAGGCAAGACCCAGCUGGCAAGCCGAGCCCUCCUCCACGCGGGCGCAAGGGGCGGUCACGCUUUGCACUCUUCAGAGACCUACCAGGAGCUCCUCCCGGAAGACAGAGUUGAUGGCGUUUGCCUGACGGUGAUGGCUAGACUGCGUUGGGAGAGUUGGUUAAGGACUUGUGCUACUAAAUUGAGGCCUCUAACAGCCUCGCAGACUGUUAAGACAAUUUCUCAAAACAAGCCAGCAGCACCAAGGACGUUUCAACAAAUCAGGUGCUACAGUGCGCCUGUUGCUGCUGAGCCGUUUUUGAGUGGGACUAGUUCGAACUAUGUGGAGGAAAUGUACUAUGCUUGGUUGGAAAAUCCCAAAAGUGUACAUAAGUCAUGGGACAUAUUCUUUCGCAAUGCCAAUGCUGGAGCUGCUCCAGGUACUGCUUACCAAAGCCCCCCUCCAUUAAGUACCAGUCUGUCGACCCUGACACGCGCACAGUCUUUGCUUCAAGCACAGCCAAAUGUAGAUAAACUGGUGGAAGAUCAUCUUGCAGUCCAGUCGCUUAUUAGGGCAUAUCAGGUCAGGGGUCACCACCAUGCCAAGCUUGAUCCUCUCGGCAUUAGUUGUGUAAAUUUUGAUGAUUCGGCAGUAUCCGAUUCUCCAAACGUCGGGUUUUAUGGACUGGCUGAAUCGGACCUCGACAAGGUCUUUCACUUGCCUACUACCACUUUCAUUGGAGGAAAUGAGUCUGCUCUUCCUCUGCGGGAAAUCAUCCACCGUUUAGAGAUGGCUUACUGUCAGCACAUUGGUGUAGAAUUCAUGUUUAUCAAUGACCUGGAGCAGUGCCAAUGGAUAAGACAGAAAUUUGAGACGCCAGGCAUCAUGCAGUUCACUAAUGAGGAGAAACGUACCCUGCUGGCUAGACUAGUCCGGUCAACCAGAUUUGAAGAGUUCCUUCAUAGGAAAUGGUCUUCUGAAAAACGAUUUGGCUUGGAAGGAUGUGAGGUGCUGAUACCUGCCUUGAAGACGAUAAUUGACAAGUCAAGCGAGAAGGGAGUAGAUUAUGUUAUCAUGGGGAUGCCGCACAGGGGGCGUCUGAAUGUUCUUGCCAACGUGAUCAGGAAGGAGUUAGAGCAAAUUUUCUGCCAGUUUGAUUCCAAGCUGGAGGCUGCAGAUGAGGGCUCAGGAGAUGUAAAAUACCACUUGGGAAUGUACCACCGAAGGAUAAAUCGUGUCACCGACAGGACCAUCCCUCUUUCCUUGGUUGCAAACCCAUCUCACUUGGAGGCUGCUGAUCCUGUGGUUCAGGGAAAGACGAAGGCUGAACAGUUUUAUUGCGGAGACACUGAAGGGAAGAAAGUGAUGUCCAUUCUUUUGCACGGUGAUGCUGCUUUUGCUGGGCAAGGUAUAGUUUAUGAGACGUUCCACUUGAGUGACCUGCCUUCCUAUACGACAUACGGGACUGUACAUGUAGUGAUGAACAACCAGAUCGGAUUCACUACUGACCCUCGUAUGGCUCGUUCAUCUCCAUACCCGACAGAUGUGGCCCGUGUGGUGAAUGCACCCAUAUUCCAUGUGAACGCUGAUGACCCGGAGGCAGUGGUUUAUGUAUGCAAUGUGGCAGCUGAAUGGCGAAGUACUUUCCACAAAGAUGUAGUGGUGGACCUGGUAUGCUACAGACGAAAUGGACACAACGAAAUGGAUGAGCCAAUGUUCACUCAGCCGUUAAUGUACAAGCAGAUCCGAAAGCAGAAGGCUGUGCUGCAGAAAUAUGCUGAGUCACUGAUCUCUCAAGGGGUGGUAAAUCAACCUGAGUAUGAGGAGGAAAUUUCCAAGUAUGAUAAGAUCUGUGAAGAGGCCCAUGCCCGGUCCAAGGACGAAAAAAUCCUUCACAUCAAGCACUGGCUCGAUUCUCCCUGGCCUGGUUUCUUCACUCUGGAUGGCCAGCCCAGGAGCAUGACCUGCCCUUCCACUGGUGUGAAUGAAGAAGAUUUGGUCCAUAUAGGAAAGGUGGCGAGCUCAGUACCUGUCGAGAACUUCACCAUUCAUGGCGGUUUGAGCCGGAUCCUGAAAACUCGGGGAGAGAUGGUUACUAAUCGGACAGUAGACUGGGCCCUUGCUGAGUACAUGUCAUUUGGCUCUCUCCUUAAAGAGGGAAUCCACAUUCGACUGAGCGGACAGGAUGUUGAGAGAGGAACAUUCAGUCACCGGCACCACGUCUUGCAUGAUCAGAAUGUAGACAAGCGGACAUGUAUCCCCAUGAACCACCUGUGGCCAAACCAGGCUCCCUACACAGUCUGCAAUAGCUCCCUCUCAGAGUAUGGAGUCCUCGGAUUUGAGCUGGGCUUUGCUAUGGCCAGCCCUAACGCUUUGGUUCUGUGGGAAGCCCAGUUUGGUGACUUCCACAAUACAGCUCAGUGCAUUAUUGACCAGUUCAUCUGCUCUGGGCAGGCCAAGUGGGUGAGACAAAAUGGCAUUGUGCUGCUGCUUCCUCACGGCAUGGAAGGCAUGGGCCCUGAACAUUCAUCUGCCCGACCCGAGCGAUUCCUGCAGAUGUGCAACGAUGAUCCAGAUGUCUACCCGAAACUAGAUGACUUUGAUGUGCGCCAGCUGUACGACUGUAACUGGAUUGUUGUGAACUGCUCUACUCCAGCAAAUUUUUUCCAUGUUGUGCGGAGGCAGCUACUUCUCCCCUUCCGGAAGCCGCUGAUUGUCUUCACUCCAAAGUCACUGUUGCGUCACCCUGAAGCUCGGUCCAGCUUUGAUGAGAUGCUGCCAGGCACACAUUUCCAGCGCAUCAUCCCGGAGAGCGGCUCUGCAGCCCAGAAUCCGGAGGGGGUCAAGAGAGUUCUCUUUUGCACUGGCAAAGUCUAUUAUGACCUUACUCGAGAGCGCAAGUCCCGGCAGAUGGAAACCGAUGUGGCAAUUACAAGGGUGGAGCAGCUCUCUCCAUUCCCUUUCGACCUCCUACUGAAAGAAUUCCAUAAAUACCCAAAUGCCGACCUGGUCUGGUGUCAGGAGGAGCACAAAAACCAAGGAUAUUAUGACUACGUGAAGCCUAGACUCCGCACAACCAUUGACCGUGCAAAGCCAGUGUGGUACGCUGGACGUGAACCUGCCGCUGCACCAGCCACAGGCAACAAAAAGAAUCACCUGACCGAACUGCAGCGCUUCUUGGAGACUGCCUUCAACCUCGACUCCUUCAAGGGCUUGUCUUAGAUCACACUUGGAAAUGGUUCAGCGGCACACGCCGUGUGUGCGUGCGUGCGUGUGUGUUUGUCCGCUCACCUCCUUUCUGUGUCCUUAACUAUAGACCUUGCAAUCCUAACUUAAGGCCCCUGUUAUUAACUUCUUGUUUUGCUCCGGAGGAACUGCCUCUUAAAUCACCCUUCUCCAGGAUGCUGGCGUUUCCUUCCCGGUACUUACACAAGCUCAGACCUUAGGAACAAUGUAGUGUCACUCCAGCACAAUUUUAGCAUCCUUUCCAAUCCCCUCCCCACCCCUCCAACCCAGUCCCCAUCAGCCACCUCCACUCCUUCAGAACUGAGGGUCUUGGAAGGACUGGCACUUGCCUUCCCAAUGACUUUCUCUCUGAGACUGACAGUUCCAGGGAAAUCACGCCUCAUUUCCAGCCUGAAAAUUAUGCUGGAAGCAGACAUUGCUUUUGAAUCCCAAACGCGAACACAUGCCCAGCUUUGAAGGGCAAGAGGUAUGUUCUUCGCAUUCCUGUUGCCUGGUCAAAUACUUCCAGAGCAGCACAGGAAUUGAACUGGAGGGGGGGGGGCACAAUUCCCUUCCUUUAAGCACCACUGAAGAUCCUGGAAUAGCACCCUCAGUCACCUCCCCUGUCUUCCAUGGCCUGGCCUUGCCCUUAGAGAAAGUUACUGAACACGUGCACUUCAAAUCCAGGCAUCCUUCUUCAAAGGAUUCUUUACUUCCUCAGAUGAAAAUGAUGGACUGUCCUCACCAGGCACUGAUCUGGUUUCUCGUUUUAUAGAAGCUGCAUCCCUUUGUAGAUCCUACAGCAUCACCGCUUGCCUCGGAAUCUGCUGACGGUCAUAACAGCCAUACCUAAAAAGGGCCUUUGAGUCUGCUUAGCUGCCAUUCUCCAAUGCUGUUGGCUAGGUAAUGCUGUCCUUCACAAUUGUGAAAAUUCACCCAGUUUGUCCACCAAUCAACGUAAUCUGCAAGGAAACUUAGACACUUAGAUCUGUCUCUGUCCUUGACUGUAAUUCCACAUCACGAGCGACAGCCUUAUUUGACUACAUUUUGUUGCAUCACUUAAGAAAGGGUAGCUUUAAAAAAAUUAUUUUAUAAUUCAUGAUCUGGUUGCACAUUUUCCCCCCUGGCCAUUUUUCUGACCAAGGUUCCAAGUAGGUUGUGUCUCAACACCAAAUGUUCAGGGUUUUGACCCUAAUGAGGGUUAGUGUUUCUGCAUGAUUGCUCAUAUGCCCACCAGAACAGGUUUCCUGACCUUAGCAGUGCCGAUGUGUUGCUGUCCAGCAUACUCACACACACACACCCCAAUCCACAGGCUGAAAAGCAACAACGGUCCCAGACAUUUUGGCUUUUAUGCCAGGGACAGACACAGUACCUGGCUUCUCUUUCCUGUCACUGGUAAUGGCUUCUAAUCACAGGAGUCACUUGGGAAUCUUUGGGUAGCAACCUGAGACUGCACUUGGGUUCUUUCCUUUGUGCUGAACAGCUGGCCCAAUGCGGUGGGCACGGACGGCCGCAGCAGUGACUCGAGAUGGGUUCCCACCCCCACUGGAGCCCACCUUCCCUCGACAGCACAGCACACCCAGAGGUGCCCUCCUCCUCCACAAGCCUGCGUCUGUUCUGUGUCCGUCUCCCGAGCUUCCGAACGAGGCCUGUACGUGCUCCUUGCUCAUAUCGGAGCCUUGUCUCUCUUCCAAAAAAAAAAUCUAAAAGGUCCAGCUCUCUAUCUGCCCAGCUUCCAGGUAUUAAUGGGAGAAGUACCGGUUCCUCCUGUCCCCCUAGCUUUCUCCUGUGUGUGCUGCCAGCCAUACAAAAAGUGUGUGCCAUCUUGUGAAUAAAGAUUUUUCUAGAA